UGUGCAAACAGCUGGAAGAAAAAAAAAAAGAAGACUUCGCUUACACACCAACACCAUCUCAUCGGCCAAACAAUAAUAACCGAUUGCUCUCAGCUUUUCCUUUUCUUUUCCUUUUCUUUUCGAUUUUCAGUUUCGCACAACCUAAAGUUUGCAGCAUCCCAGAAAAAAGCUUGUCUUCGGUUUCUCUCCAACUUGUUUGUGACCAGCAGCACAAUACCACAAAGUAACGGCUUUCUGAGUAGAGCGCUUGAUUUGCUUUGGUGGGUCAACUUCAAGUUUCGAUUUUGUUGAUUUUUCUCUUGUCGAUUGAGAAGGUUCAGUUCCAGAGACAGUGGGGAGUGCUUUGAGCGAAGGUUAUGGCUUUUUGCCCAAUCUUUUGUUGCGGAAAUGGUUCGGAUCGCAAAGGAAGAGGGAAGAAGCAGCCUCCAUGGCGGGUGUUUUCUUUGAAAGAAUUGCACUCAGCUACAAAUAAUUUCAACUAUGACAACAAGCUAGGAGAAGGGGGAUUUGGCAGUGUGUACUGGGGCCAGCUUUGGGAUGGAUCACAAAUUGCAGUGAAAAGAUUGAAAGUUUGGAGCAACAAAGCAGACAUGGAAUUUGCUGUUGAAGUUGAGAUAUUGGCUAGAGUCCGUCACAAGAAUCUUCUCAGUCUACGUGGCUAUUGUGCUGAAGGUCAGGAACGGUUAAUUGUGUAUGAUUACAUGCCGAAUUUGAGCUUGCUCUCUCAUCUUCAUGGACAGCAUUCAGCAGAAUCCCUUCUUGAUUGGAGCCGGCGGAUGAACAUCGCAAUUGGGUCUGCUGAGGGAAUUGCAUAUCUUCACCACCAGUCAACACCACACAUCAUCCACAGAGAUAUCAAGGCAAGCAAUGUGUUGUUGGAUUCAGAUUUCCAGGCUCGGGUUGCUGAUUUUGGUUUUGCGAAGUUGAUCCCUGAUGGGGCAACACAUGUGACUACAAGAGUUAAGGGCACCCUAGGGUACCUUGCACCUGAAUAUGCUAUGCUAGGUAAAGCAAACGAGAGUUGUGAUGUCUACAGUUUUGGAAUUCUUCUUCUAGAACUUGCUAGUGGCAAAAAACCACUUGAAAAACUUAGUCCUACAGUAAAGAGAUCGAUAAAUGAUUGGGCACUGCCUUUGGCUUGUGAAAAGAAGUUUAGUGAACUAGCAGAUCCAAAGCUGGAGGGUAACUAUGUGGAGGAAGAGCUUAAAAGAGUUGUUUUAAUUGCGCUAUUGUGUGCUCAGAGUCAGCCAGAGAAGAGGCCCACCAUACUAGAGGUGGUAGAACUACUGAAGGGAGAAUCCAAAGAUAAGUUAAUUCAUCUGGAAAAUAAUGAAAUCUUUAAAAGCCCUCCAGCUGUAGGACAUACUGAUGAUGAGACAUUUACAGCUGAAGGAAGUUCCGAUUUCAUUUCAGAAGAGAAAGAAUCAAAACCUGAGUUGGAAGAGGAAACUGGGCCAUGAACUAUUUCAAAGAGAUAGAACUUUGAAUUUGAUGUGUUAAAUACAGAUUGUGAAUCUGCGUGAAUAUGCCGUUUUUUUUUGUAUUACUUUUUUUAUUAAUUGUGCAGGGAAGACUGGGCUGGGCGCCUAUUUAUUAGAGAGGGGGCUGCAUGUCUCUCCUUUCCACACUAUGAAUGUGGCUAGCUAUGAAUCAUGCAGAGUUGCUGAAAAUCUGAAACUAGGAAUUUGUUAAAUACACAUUGUGAAGUUCUCAAAAA